CUCUUGUGGCUUGAUUCUCUUGGCUUAUUUUCGCAUCUCAACGUUGAGAGUUGGCUUUGUACUUUGUACUUUGGACUUGGACUUUGAGCUUGAGUUUGAGCUUAGAGCUUAGGACAAGACACUUGAAAAGCUACCCCGCGAAGAAGAAAAGGAAGGAGAAUGUGAUCACGUGUUGGCGAGCUCAAGACUUUGCCGAGGUUCGGUGAUGUUGUCUCAAGUUGACCGACAACUUCAUCUACCUACCUCUGUGCUACAAUUCAUGAUAACUUUCUUGAUUCUUGAUUUACACUGAUUUACGAUUACUCUCUCGGGAUUACCAUCUUAUCUCUAACUGUAUCAACCUUUUACAAGUAUAUCUUACAAGUUAGUGACCCGGUCAACAAGCAAGCAAGCAAGCAGAAGCUGUCAUUUGCCCAAAAUGGCCUCCUCAAAAUCCACCUACAAAUAUUUCAUAGUCACAUACCCAGCGCCAUUUGUUGCACAUGUUCAAAUUAACCGUCCCGAGAAAUUAAACGCGUUCUUCGAAGCCAUGGUAUGUUUGCAAACAUUAAUCAACAAACUACUAUCGCAACAAUUCGCUAACCCCUAAAUCUAGUGGCUCGAAUUCCGUACCAUCUUCGAUACCCUCUCCUAUUCCCCCGACGUUCGAUCUAUCAUAUUAUCCGGUGCUGGUGAUCGUGCCUUCUCAGCAGGCUUAGAUGUUGAAGCUGCUGCACAAGAAGGGAUCUUAGCAGAGAAGGACGGAAGAACAAUAGAUGUAGCGCGAAAAGCGCAAAUCUUUAGACGCCAUGUUGAUGAAUUUCAAGAGUGUAUAAGCAGUGCAGAGAAAUGCGAGAAACGUCUGGUUCCUACCCUAUUCCAGAGGAUCAUUGAAGCUAAUCUCAUGUAACACAGCUGUGAUAUGCGUCCUCCACGGCUACUCCUUCGGUCUCUCCAUCGACAUAUCUACCUGCGCGGACAUCCGCAUUUGUACAUCAGACGUCAAGCUGGCAGUAAAAGAAGUAGACAUCGGACUUGCAGCUGAUAUAGGAACACUUUCUCGACUCCCUAAAAUCGUCGGCUCUUUCAGCUGGGUCAAAGACGUUUGUUUAUCCGCACGAAUAUUCGGAGCCGAAGAAGCUCUCAAAGUAGGUUUUGUAAGUCAUGUUGAGCCUACGAAAGAAAAGGCUAUAGAAAAAGCCCUCAGCAUUGCGAAAUUGUUGGCGGAAAAGAGUCCUGUGGCGGUGCAGGGUACGAAAGAAUUGUUGAAUCAUGCGAGGGAUAAUAGGUUGACGGAUAGUUUGAGGUAUACGGGGGUGUGGAAUAGUGCGUCAAUUCAGACGGAUGAUGUUAAGUCAGCGAUGUUGAGUGGGUUGCAGAAGAGAAAACCUACAUUUGAGAAACUUUGAGAAGGAAUUAUGGAUGAUCGAUAACCACGAUAUAAAGAUUCGAGCUUCAAGGCCAAGGGACAUUUCUGCUCUAAGAGCUUUCCGGGCGAGGUCUGCUCAAGAGAGAUAGGAACGAAUGCAGCGAUUGCUACUCUGAGGUAUACACCUUGUAAGUCCCUCAAUGUACAUACUUGGAUGUAAGUUCAAAAAAUACCAAAAAGAGAUCCACAGAAUACCGGAAAUAUAAAUACACUAAAUAGACACAUCCAAUUCCAAGUUAAGAUACCACAACACAAAAGCACAAUAUAUUUCCAUUGUCCCAAACUAAAAGCCUUCAAGGAUACUCC